AUGGACGAGAUCAAGGACCAGCGCGAGGUCCACGCGUAUGCGGUUAAGCCGGCCAGUCUGGCCAAUAUGACCGACGAGGACAUCAUCGCGCUCGACAAGAAGAUGGUGCGCAAGAUGGACCUGGUCAUCAUGCCCAUCAUCGGUAUCCUAUACAUCUUGAACUAUGUCGACAGGCAGAACCUCGCAGCUGCCAAGCUACAAGGCGUCAUGACCGACCUCAACAUGAGCGAGGAGCAGUUCGCUACAGCUAUCUCAAUCCUCUUUGUCGGUUACAUCCCCUUUCAGAUCCCAUCCAACCUUCUCAUCAGUCGUCUCAACCGACCCGGUCUCUACAUUUGCGGCGCCUGCAUGCUUUGGGGUACUGUCUCGGCGAUGACAGCGCUGGUCAAGACGUACGAGCAGCUGCUUGUUGUCCGGGUCUUCCUUGGUAUGACUGAAGCGGUCUUUUUCCCCGGAGUCAUCUACUACCUCUCGGCGUGGUACGUCAAGCAAGAGCUUGGUAAGCGUCUGGCUGGGCUCUUCAUCGCUCAGCAACUUGGUAAUGCCUUCGGCGGUCUCAUCGCUGCCGGUGUGCUCACCAUGGGAAGUCGACUUGGCAUUGCUAGUUGGCGUUGGCUGUUCAUCAUCGAAGGGGUCAUCACCGUUGGCUGCGGCGCGAUCUUCAUCUUCCUCAUGCCCGAAUACCCGCACAAAGCACGCAUGCUGUCACCUAUCGAGAAGGACUAUGCGGUCUGGCGAUUGGAGUCCGAAGCUGGUCAGACGGAGGCUAAGGAGACUAUAGGUACUCUUCAGUCUUUCCUCAUGGCGUUGAAGGAUGUCCGGGUCUACACCUUGAUCUUCUGCAUGAUGAUGAGUCAGGGCAUGGGCACCAUCACCAACUUCUUCCCUGCUAUCGUCUCAUCUCUCGGCUACACCAACUUCAUCUCGCUCCUUCUUGUCGCACCGCCAUACAUCUUGGCUUGCUUCAUCUUCUGGGGUCUGUCGUACUGGUCUGACAAGAAGCAGACGGUAUACUGGCUGCUUAUGGGGUGUCUCGCCACCAUGCUUCCCCUCUACGUCAUCCCGCUUGCGACCACCAACACUGCGGCUCGAUACUUUGCCAUGAUGCUCAUCCCAGGGGUCGGAGUCUGUCCCCAGAUCUUCCUCUACAAGACCAUGAAUCUCCACAACGCUCGUCCUCACACCAAGCGCGCUGCCGGAGUCGCUCUCAUGAACGCUAUUGGUGGUACGAGCAACAUCUGGGCCAGCUACUGCUGGAAGAACCCUCCCAGGUACUUUGAGGGAUUCGGCACCCUAAUGGGUCUCGCUGUCGUCUUCAUGCUCGUCAUCACCGGCUACCGCUUCUUCGUGCACAAGCAGAACCGAAUGCUCGACUCAGGGGACGAGACGCAGAUCAAGAAGGUCAUGAAGCAUGGCGUGACCCAGGAGCAGGUGGACAUGGGUUGGCGAUACGAGUGUUACUAG